AUGGCCGAUUUCAAAGGAAUAGAUCUUCACCAUACUGAUGAAGAUGUCGAGCGAAAUGAGAAACUCGAAGGCACGAAGAACAUGUUUGCCAAUGCCGCGGCGGCUACUGAUAAGGAACACAAGAUGACCCUCUGGCAGGGAUGUAAGCUAUAUCCCAAAGCCAUCCUGUGGUCUGUUCUCAUCUCUUCGUGUUGUGCUGUGGAGGGUUACGACAUCUCCCUUGUUGGAAACUUUUACGCUUUUGAUCCCUUCAACCGCAAAUACGGUGUGCAAGGCGCGGAUGGAACCUAUCAAGUACCAGCUCGAUGGCAGACUGGUCUGAGCAAUGGUGCUCAAUGUGGUCAGAUUCUAGGUCUGAUAGUGAAUGGUCUGGCAACCGAAAGAUUUGGAUAUCGGAUCGUGAUAUUGGGAUGCCUCUUAUGGUUGACAGCUGUCACUGCCAUCUUCUUCUGUGCUCCCAAUAUUCAAACUCUGCUCGCUGGUGAAAUACUUGCCGGUAUUCCAUGGGGUGUAUUCCAAUCAAUCGCCAUUUCUUAUGCCGCAGAAGUGUGCCCAGUGGCCCUGCGAGGUUACCUCACAACUUACGGCAAUUUCUGUUGGGGAUGGGGACAGCUUGUCGGGAUCGGGGUGAUUAAAUCACAAUUUGGCCGAACAGAUCAAUGGGCGUAUAGAAUUCCUUAUGGAUUGAUGUGGAUGUUCUAUCCUCCCCUAAUCAUUGGGAUCUACUUUGCCCCCGAGUCCCCUUGGUGGCUCGUUCGUAGAGGGAGACUGGAGGCAGCUAAGAAGUCACUCUUGCGAUUGACAUCUGCGAAAAGCGAUCCGACCUUUAACGCAGACGAAACUGUUGAUAUGAUCCGACACACAACGGAGCUCGAACAAGACAUCACCUCGGGUGCCUCUUACCUUGAUUGCUUCAGAGGUGUCGAUCUGCGAAGGACAGAAAUUGUUUGUAUGCUAUGGGCAACCCAAAACCUUGCUGGUAACACUUUCUCAAACUAUUCGACUUACUUCUUCGAGCAAGCUGGACUCACUGGUCAGAUCCCCUACGAUUUCGCAAUGGGUCAAUACGCCAUCAAUAUGGUGGGUACUUUCGGCGCUUGGUUCCUCAUGACUAAGAUCGGUCGACGAAAUCUCUUCAUUGGCGGACUCUGCGGUCUCUUCAUCACCCUCCUUGUCAUCGGAUUCGUUGGACUAGUUCCCGAAUCCCACAAACACUCCGCGAGUCUUGCUACAGGUGCAUUGAUGUUGGUAUGGGCAGUGUUCUAUCAAUGUUCGGUUGGAACCCUUGCCUUCUCCCUGGUCGCGGAAAUGUCCACUCGUCGACUGCAGAUCAAGACCGUCGCUUUGGGCAGGGCCGCGUACAACGUUGCUGCUAUAAUCAGCAAUGUCCUUACCCCGUACAUGAUCAAUCCAACUGCGUGGAACUGGGGCAACAAGGCCGGGUUUUUCUGGGCGGGAUCCUGUGCGAUUGUUCUUGUCUAUGCUUACUUUCGGGUUCCGGAGCCUUCGGGACGGACUUUCGCUGAGAUGGAUAUACUGUUCGAGCGAAAAGUCCCCGCUCGAAAGUUCAAGACCACACAAGUCAACGCGUUCGACGUUGCUCUUCAUCACCAGAUUGCUGAAGACAAACCUGAGGCCCAGAUCGCCCAUGUGGAGCGGGCUUGA